AUAAAGAACAGAGACUGAGAGUUGGUGGUAAUAACCCUAAGUGAACGUGAGAUACAGACCAUCGCCGCACCCACACUCAUUUCACAAGCCGCGAAUCUUAUCUCCGUUCUCUCCUCCCUCCUCCGCCGCGAUGGAAUCGUCGAAGAACUCUUUGAUCCCAAGCUUCCUCUACUCCUCUUCCUCAUCUCCUAGAUCCGUACUCCUCGACCAGGUCAUUAACUCCAACUCAAACGCCGCGUUUCAAUCCCCCAACCUCGAGAAGAACUCUCCUUCUCCAUCUCCGAAGACGAUGGCGUCUCGCAAGAACUUCCUCAUCGCCUCCCCCACCGAGCCGGGGAAAGGUAUCGAGAUGUACUCUCGCGACUUCUACGCCGCGUGCACCGUCGGUGGGAUUCUCAGCUGCGGUCUCACUCACAUGGCCGUCACACCUCUCGAUCUCGUCAAGUGCAAUAUGCAGAUUGAUCCGGCCAAGUACAAGAGCAUCUCGUCUGGCUUUGGGAUUCUGUUGAAGGAGCAAGGAGUGAGAGGCUUUUUCCGUGGAUGGGUGCCUACUCUGUUGGGUUACAGUGCUCAGGGCGCUUGCAAGUUUGGGUUCUACGAGUUUUUCAAGAAGUACUACUCUGAUCUCGCUGGACCUGAGUUUGCUGCCAAGUACAAGACGCUUAUCUACCUUGCUGGUUCUGCUUCCGCUGAGGUGAUUGCCGAUGUGGCGCUUUGUCCGUUUGAAGCUGUUAAGGUUAGGGUUCAGACGCAGCCUGGGUUCGCUAGGGGGAUGUCUGAUGGGUUUCCCAAGUUUGUCAAGUCUGAAGGAUACGGAGGGUUGUAUAAGGGUCUUGCUCCUCUCUGGGGUCGUCAGAUUCCUUACACUAUGAUGAAGUUUGCUUCGUUUGAGACCAUUGUGGAGAUGAUUUACAAGUAUGCUAUCCCCAACCCGAAGCACGAGUGCAGCAAAGGUCUGCAGCUCGGGGUUAGUUUUGCUGGAGGGUAUGUUGCUGGAGUUUUUUGUGCUAUUGUGUCCCACCCUGCUGACAAUCUCGUGUCGUUCCUCAACAACGCUAAGGGAGCAACCGUUGGAGAUGCGGUGAAGAAGAUUGGAAUGGUGGGACUAUUCACCAGAGGGCUUCCUUUGAGAAUUGUGAUGAUAGGGACAUUGACCGGAGCUCAGUGGGGUUUGUACGAUGCCUUCAAAGUCUUUGUUGGCCUGCCAACCACCGGUGGUGUUACUCCAGCCCCUGCCGUCAAAGCCUAAAGACUUAAAUGAUGAUGAAAAUGGUUAGGAUUUUUGUUUGGAAAGAAACAAAUAAAAAAAAACGUAUGAUGAGGAAGAGUGAGCUCAUCCUCCGGAUUCAAUAUAUUAUUAUUUUUUUUGAAAUUUGUGUUGCUUAAUUCAGGAUUGUUCCCAGACUCAAAGAUAGAGAUAGUGGGAACAUCCAUUUUUACUACUUUUGCUCUGUUUAAUUUGAAAAUCUCCUUUUGUUGCUA